UUUACUCUGUUUCUUCUCUCUCUCCUUCUUGGUUGAAGUUUAUGACCAACAAUGGCGAUGAAAUGGCAUCUGGUUUUGUAUCUACUAACACUGAAUCUUUGUCUCCUUCGAGCAUUACCUAAUCCAGACGUGAAACCACUCUUGGCUUUCAAGUCGGGUUCAGACCCAUCAAACAAGCUGACAUCUUGGAACACAACUACAGAUCUCUGCACAUGGUAUGGAGUUUCUUGUCUUCAAAACCGAGUCUCAAGACUAGUUCUUGAAGGCUUAGGACUCACUGGUUCAUUAGAGCCAUUAACUGCACUAACUGAGCUCCGGGUUCUAAGUCUUAAACGAAAUCAAUUCUCCGGUCCUAUUCCUAAUCUUUCCAACUUCACUGCUCUUAAACUGCUUUUUCUCUCCCAUAAUGGAUUCUCCGGCGAUUUUCCGACUUCCAUUACGUCACUUUUCCGGUUAUUCCGUCUCGAUCUGUCGAACAAUGAUCUCUCAGGUGACAUUCCGGCGGAAAUUAACCGGUUAACUCAUUUGCUAACGCUCAGGCUUGAAGGGAAUCGGUUUACCGGUGUGAUUUCGGAAAUGAAUCUCCCAAAUCUGCAGGAAUUUAAUGUUUCUGGAAACAAGCUUGCUGGUGAGAUACCCAAAUCUCUUGCCGUCUUCCCUGAAUCGGUUUUUACAGGAAACAACCUCCUCUGCGGUCCUCCACUUGCGGUCUGCAAGAGUAUUUCAGCUGACCCGACACGACCCGGGUCAUCAACCGGCGCAAUCGCCGGGAACACAGUUUCUUCUUCGCCGAGCUCUGUUCCGGAGAUCAACAACAACAACAACGAUGCCCCAAUUAAUUCCAGAAAUCACCAGCAUUCAGGUUCAGGUAAAAUCAGUCCACUAGCAAUCGCGGCCAUAAUAGUCGGCGACGUGGUUGUUCUAGCUCUAAUCUCACUCAUACUCUACUGCUACUUCUGGCGAAACUACGCCGCCAGAAAAACCCAAAACGGUGGCGGCGGUGGUGGUGGUAAGUCAUCGAGAAUCCUUGAAGGAGAGAAGAUAGUAUACUCAUCUAGCCCGUACCCGUAUCCUGGUUCUCAACCUGGGUUUGAAAGGGGCAGGAUGGUUUUCUUCGAAGGAGCAAGAAGGUUUGAACUUGAGGAUCUCCUCCGGGCGUCGGCUGAAAUGCUUGGGAAAGGUGGGUUCGGGACUGCAUACAAGGCAGUCCUAGACGACGGCAAUGUGGUGGCUGUGAAACGGUUGAAGGAGGCAAACUUCGCCGGAAGGAGAGAAUUCGAGCAGCAAAUGGAGGUUCUUGGAAGACUAAGACACCCUAAUCUUGUUACCUUAAAGGCUUAUUACUUUGCAAGAGAUGAGAAGCUUCUGGUUUAUGAUUACAUGCCGAAUGCCAACUUGUUUUGGCUACUUCAUGGUAACCGGGGGCCAGGACGUGCCCCACUGGAUUGGACAACGCGGCUAAAAAUUGCAGCGGGGGCAGCUCGAGGGAUCUCUUUCAUUCACAGCUCGUGCAGAUCUCUAAGACUAACCCAUGGCAACAUAAAGUCCACAAACAUUCUCCUAGACAAGGCGGGAAACGCAUGUGUUUCUGACUUCGGACUGUCAAUGUUUUCAAUCCAAUCGAGCACCCAACCGCGAUCCAACGGGUAUCGUGCUCCCGAAUCUGUACUAGACCCGCGUAAGAUAACCCAGAGAUCAGACGUUUACUCUUUCGGAGUUCUUUUGCUGGAGCUGCUUACGGGGAAAUGCCCUUCGGCCUUGGACAGUUUAAGCGGGGCAGGAGCUGGAUAUGGAGGAGGAGGUGCGGUGGAUUUACCUAGAUGGGUUCAGUCUGUUGUGAGGGAGGAAUGGACGGCUGAGGUUUUUGAUUUGGAAUUGAUGAGGUAUAAGGAUAUUGAAGAGGAGAUGGUGGGGAUGUUGCAGAUUGCUAUGGCGUGUACGGCUGCUUCUCCUGAUCAACGGCCCAAGAUGAGUCAGGUUGUGAAGAUGAUUGAUGAGAUAAGGGGGAUCGAGUUUGAUUCGGUUUCUGACUCGCCAUCUGUGUCUGAGGACACGGGAUGUGCGAGCCAGUGAUCGAUCUUGGUUUGUGUCAAGUUGUUGGUUAUUGUUGUCUUGGUUUUUAGUCUUUUUCAUGAAUUUUUAAUCAAUUAGCCAAGUUACAUGAACACUUAUAGUGUAUGGUAAAAACAAAUUCUUCUUGGAUGGUAAAAAUCAUAAUUUGAAGUGAUUUGGUUAUGCAUUUUAUUUUA